GUCCAAAUUCAACUGCCAAAAAAAAAAAGAAAAAAAAAACACGUUGCGGUUUUACUAUUCAUUUUUAUUUUGCUCUUUACCUUCCCUCCACAAAAUCUAAAUUCUAUUCCAACAUCCCUUCCCCAAUUCACCAAAUCUUCUCUCAAAAUCCCUAAAAUUUUCCGUUUCUCAAAUUCAAUUAAGUUCAAUUCCUCAUGGAUCUCUCUUCAAUGUGCGAUACGCUACCGGUUGCCACUUCCCAAGGCCUAGGGUUUGCGAAAUUGAUUAUCGAUCGCCACCAUUACUUAGCUGGAAACAAUUGGCUUUCCCUCUCCUCCGAUUCAUCCGCCGAUAAUCUCGGAAUCCUACAUGUAUCCGCCGGAAUCGUCCCGGUCGACGCCGUCGCGCCUCCUCCUGUCAAGACCAACUCCUAUAGGACAUUACCUCGAACUCUCCUCCGGAGGAAGCGCCGUACCAAGCGGAAGUUAUUCGGCGGCGAUGAGUUCAACGACGGUGAAGAGUACGUAUUCUUCUUUGGUAGUGAUGGCGGUGAUGGAUAUGGUCCGUUUGGCGGUGGCGGUGGCGGUGGUGGAGGGAACAGUUGGGGUGGGAGUGGUUGGAAUUUUGGAGGCCAAAAUUGGGAUGACUCUUCGUCUUCUUCUCCAUGGACUGUUACGGCUUUGGACUUUGUUUAUGAGGUGAUUUGUUGGAUCGCCUUGUCCAACUGCGUCCAUUUUGCUUUUAAGAAGGUGGUUAGAAUUGUGGCAACUGGGAUCGAGGAAGCUGGCGACAGGGACAAGGUCCCGAUGAGAUUGGCUUCAGUUUGCUGAUUUGGAGAUUCAUUGGACUUGAAACUCGAUGUUAGUGGAAUAGAUGGAAUUUCGGGGUAAGUUUCCUAGUUUUUAUGACAUGGGGAUGGACUGUUUAUUAUGUUGGAGAUCAAUUUGUUAUCAUUGUUUAAAAUAUUUUUGAUUUGCAUGUAGUUCUUCUCAUGUGGUAGUCUCAUGAUUAUAUUUUUAAAUAAAUAGUCUAAAAGUUCUCAUCUUGCACUAGUAAUUCAAUUUUGUCCGGAUUAAUUAUAAUUUAUUUUUUUAUU